UCUUAUCUUCUUCCCCUACUCCACCCUCUCUUCGCUUGAAUCUCUUCUACAUCAGCUCCUCGACAACUUUCUUAGGGUUUCUUUCAAAAUCCACUUCGUCUUCCUUCAUCGUUUCUCGGCUUGAUUCUUAGAUUCUUCGCUUUUGGAAUUUUGACUUCGUACACAUUUCUAUUCCAUUCGUAGAUGGCUUCCUCCGCCGCUCAGAUUCACGUUCUCGGCGGAAUUGGGUUCGCUAGUUCUUCUAAUUCUAAAUCGAAGAGGAAUCUGGAUGGUUACGGCAAUUUCCCGCCGAGAAGCGCGUUCUUCGGGAGGAGAACCGGGCCUUUCUGUACACCCAGCUCCGCUUUCCUGAGAAUCGGGAGGAGAAAUGGCGGCGGCGCGUCUAGGUACGCUGUGGGUCCGGUGCGGGUUGUGAACGAGAAGGUUGUUGGAAUCGAUUUGGGGACGACAAACUCCGCCGUUGCUGCCAUGGAGGGAGGCAAGCCCACGAUUGUGACGAAUGCAGAGGGUCAGAGAACAACGCCGUCGGUGGUGGCGUACACGAAGAACGGUGACCGGCUUGUCGGACAGAUUGCGAAGAGGCAAGCGGUGGUUAACCCGGAGAACACUUUCUUCUCGGUGAAGAGGUUUAUUGGUCGGAAGAUGUCGGAGGUUGAUGAGGAAUCUAAGCAGGUUUCCUACAGAGUCGUGAGGGAUGAGAACGGUAAUGUUAAGCUCGAGUGCCCUGCAAUCGGCAAACAGUUUGCUGCUGAAGAAAUUUCAGCACAGGUUCUGAGGAAGCUUGUUGACGAUGCCUCGAGGUUCUUGAACGACAAAGUUACCAAAGCUGUAAUCACUGUGCCUGCUUACUUCAACGAUUCACAGAGGACAGCUACAAAAGAUGCUGGUCGCAUUGCUGGGUUGGAAGUUCUUCGGAUUAUCAAUGAGCCUACAGCUGCUUCCUUGGCUUAUGGGUUUGAGAGAAAAAGCAAUGAAACAAUUCUAGUCUUUGAUCUUGGUGGUGGUACUUUUGAUGUUUCAGUGCUUGAAGUGGGCGAUGGUGUGUUUGAAGUGCUUUCGACUUCUGGGGAUACACAUUUGGGAGGUGAUGACUUUGACAAGAGAGUUGUUGAUUGGCUUGCUGGAAGUUUCAAGAGAGAUGAGGGGAUCGAUCUUCUGAAAGACAAACAAGCUCUUCAGAGGCUAACUGAGGCAGCUGAGAAAGCUAAGAUCGAGCUUUCCUCAUUGACUCAAGCAAACAUAAGCUUGCCAUUUAUCACUGCUACAGCCGAUGGACCUAAACACAUUGAAACUACCCUCACAAGGGCCAAGUUUGAAGAAUUGUGUUCCGACUUACUUGACAGGUGCAAGACUCCGGUUGAGAAUUCCCUAAGGGAUGCAAAACUCAGCUUCAAAGAUAUCGAUGAAGUGAUCCUUGUUGGUGGAUCCACACGUAUUCCCGCUGUUCAGGAGCUUGUGAGGAAAUUGACCGGGAAAGAGCCAAAUGUCACAGUCAAUCCUGAUGAGGUUGUCGCUCUAGGUGCUGCUGUUCAGGCCGGUGUUCUUGCCGGAGAUGUGAGUGACAUCGUUCUCCUCGAUGUGACACCACUGUCGCUCGGUUUGGAAACCCUCGGUGGUGUUAUGACCAAGAUCAUUCCCAGAAACACUACUCUGCCUACAUCAAAAUCAGAAGUCUUCUCAACCGCUGCUGAUGGGCAGACAAGCGUCGAGAUUAACGUCCUUCAGGGCGAGAGAGAAUUCGUUAGGGAUAACAAAUCACUCGGCAGCUUCCGUCUUGAUGGAAUUCCACCUGCACCGCGUGGAGUUCCACAGAUCGAAGUCAAAUUCGACAUUGAUGCGAACGGGAUUCUGUCCGUUGCUGCUGUGGACAAGGGAACAGGAAAGAAGCAGGACAUCACCAUCACUGGUGCUAGUACAUUGCCUAAGGAUGAGGUAGACAAGAUGGUGCAAGAGGCAGAGAGGUUUUCAAAGGAAGACAAGGAGAAGAGAGACGCCAUAGACACAAAGAACCAGGCGGAUUCGGUGGUCUACCAGACAGAGAAGCAACUGAAAGAGCUCGGAGAGAAAGUGCCCGGUCCGGUGAAAGAGAAGGUGGAGGCUAAGCUGCAGGAGCUCAAGGACAAGAUAGCAAGCGGCUCAACCCAAGAAAUCAAAGACGCCAUGGCCGCUCUUAACCAAGAAGUGAUGCAGAUUGGCCAGGCUCUGUACAACCAGCCCGGGGAUGCAAGCGCUGGAUCUGGGCCCGGAGGCGCCUCUUCUGGAGCUGAGGCCGGACCAUCAGACUCAUCAGCUUCUUCGAGCAAAGGCUCGGAUGGUGAUGUCAUUGAUGCUGACUUCACAGACAGCAAAUGAGAGCCAAAGGACCGUAAGAAAGAUUUGACCGAUUGGCCUCCAAUUAAUAAAACCAUUACAAAAGGGUUAUGUAUAAACGUGAUUUUGUAAGCUUGGAUAAUGGAUUUGAGUCUGAAUUUUUGCCAAAACACAGGAAAAUCACAAUCUUUUGGAUC